AUUGUCGAGGCUUUGGUUGUUUAUCAGAGGAUUAUGUGUGUGUUCCUCCUAUCUAAGAACUGACUCAAUCAUUGUGGCCACUCUUACACGUCAUCCUUAUUCUUGGCAGUUUUGUUGAUGGCUAUAAUAUGAAUCCUACCUAAGCAUGCCAAACUACAUGAAUUUCAGCCUAUAUCUUCAAUUCCAUUCUGUUUGAGAGAGAACACUCAUCGGAAAUUUGCACCCCAUUUCCUAUUUCCAGGAUGUUAUGGAAAAGGGGAAUCCUUUUGUGCAUCCUGUCAGUAUGGACGUAGCAGUCGCUAGCAGCAAGUUGCUGGUUUCUUGCCGCACUUUGCUGCUGAAGUUGUCAUAUGCGCUAUAGAAUGUUCUGAUUUGUUUCAUAUAAACAGGACCAGUGAAAAUUAUCCACAAGUCAUUUCUCAUAGCCAUAUAAUUUUUUGGCCACAGGAUUCUCUCUCAGUAUGUCGAAAACAGCCAAAACAGGCAAAAUCCUAGCAAGGGAGAUUAAUUUACACACUGAGCAGCCGAAAACCAUCAGAAUGAGAUAAGUAAAUCCGUCCAGUUCCUGCUCUUUGCAAUUAGAAUGGCUAUCCGAGAACAAGAGCCUCAUUUCGUCAUGCUUCCGUUCAUGGCGCAAGGCCAUAUGAUUCCAAUGGUGGAUAUAGCCAGGUUUCUGGCCAAGCGAGGUUUGACAAUAACCAUUUUAACAACCCCCCAUAAUGCCGGUCGGUUUAAGUCAGUUAUCGAUCGUGCAAUUGGCUCUGGACUCAACAUUCAUAUUCUCCACCUCAAAUUUCCAUCUUCUGAGGCGGGGCUUCCUGAUGGUUGUGAGAAUUUCGACAUGCUCCCCUCGGUGGAUUAUGCAGCCAACUUCUUCACAGCUACAGCCAUGCUGAACGAGCAGGUUGAAGAAAUACUCCGACAGCUGAAGCCUCCUCCGAGCUGCUUAAUUGCUGAUAUGUGUUUUCCCUGGGCCACGGAUGUUGCUCUUAAAUUGCGGAUUCCUAGAAUUCUUUUUCAUGGGACGAGCUGUUUUUCUCUCCUAUGCAUGCACAUGCUAGCAAUUUGCAGGGACUGGGAAGCUAUAACUUCCGACACAGAGACCUUUGUGGUGCCUGGAUUGCCUGAUAGAUUUGAAGUUACCAAAGGUCAGCUCAGAGGCACCCCAAAUGAUCCGGAUUCUGAUUGGAGUAAGUUUUGGGAUCAAAUGCGAGAGGCUGAGGUAGAAGCAUUUGGAACAGUUGCCAAUACUUUUGAAGAGCUGGAACCUGAAUACAUCAAAGAACACAAGAAAACCAAAGGAAAAAGACUCUGGUGUGUUGGUCCUGUUUCCUUGUGCAACAAAGAUUACUCAGACAAGGCUGAAAGAGGCAACAAAGCCUCCAUUGGUGAACACGACUGCCUGAAAUGGCUCGACUCCAAGGAACCAGUCUCGGUUGUGUACGUUUGCCUCGGAAGCCUGUCCCGCCUGGCUACUUCACAACUGAUCGAGCUCGGCUUAGCCUUGGAAGCUUCAAAUAGACCCUUCAUUUGGGUUGUCAGAAGUGCAUCUACGGAACUCCAAACAUGGAUUUUGGAAGAAAAAUUCGAGGAAAGAAUCAUGGACAGGGGCCUCUUGGUCCGAGGUUGGGCCCCUCAAGUGCUGAUACUUUCUCAUCUGUCUAUUGGAGUAUUCUUGACACACUGUGGAUGGAACUCGACUCUGGAAGGAAUAACGGCAGGCGUGCCGAUGAUAACAUGGCCAUUUUUCGCCGAUCAAUUUUUCAAUGAGAAGUUCAUUGUGAACGUAAUAAAGACAGGAGUAAGAGUUGGUGUUGAACAGCCUGUAUUCUUUGGACAAGAGGAGACAGCGGGGGUGCAGGUUAAGAGUGAUGAGAUUAAGAGGGUUAUUGAGAAGUUGAUGGACGGGGACGAAGAAGGGAAUGGGAGGAGAAAACGAGCUAAAGAGCUCGGGGAAAUGGCGAAAAGGGCCGUGGAGGAAGGAGGUUCUUCUUACCUUAAUAUGACUUUGUUCAUAGAAGAUGUCAUGGCAGAGCAAGCAAACUCUGGAGGCCUACAGCAAGAAAAGUGAAAACACAGCCCAAUCUUUUUGAAUCAAUUAUACGCAAUUGACUUGGCCGUAUGAUUGGUACACAGUUCAGAAAAAUUGAUCGAACCAAUCAUACGACAAAUAUAUUUUUACACUUGUUUUGUGAUUGUUUUGAUUCGGCCAAAACUCUCUUGCCCUUGAUUUAAAUUUUUGCUAUGGAAGAAAGUUUCUUCUUUUAGUA